AUGGAGACUGAAUAACGAUAUUCUAACCAAAUUUUGCACGCUUCUACAAAAUAAAACGAAAAUUCAUGUUAAACACUCUAACUUAUUUAAAUGGAUAAUGUAGAUAUCUGCUAUAAAUAAGAUUUAUAAUAGAAAAAUAAUCAGAGAUAAACAUUUAAUCAAUUAUCGAAAUAAUAAAUGAUCUAAUUUGAUUAAAUGAUCAAUGACAACUAUUUCUCUCAAUAAGAAUAGUAUAGAUAAUUUUAGAUUUAAAAUUAGCCUUUAAAUUAUCAGUAUCAAUGCUCUAUUAACUCGAGCACGGAUACUCUUGCUUCUUCUCAGUCGUCUUAGGAGUGCAAUUAUUACGAUGGAGUGAGUAAAUUUGGCUAAGUAAAAUAGGAGAAUCGCAAGGGAAGUGGUGAUAGUACCUCUGAUUAAAUAGAAGGAGAAAAUGAAAUGGGAGUUGAAUACGAUGACUACACGAAUGUAUCAUACCAGUAUCCUGAGUAUAAUGAAUAAGAGGAGAAAAUUGAAGAGGAGAAUAACAAAAUCAUGAUAGAGCGCUUAAACAAGCAGUAAACAUUUGUGUUUUCAAUGGAUUAGAAAGAGAACAGUGAUGUUGAGUUCAAAUACUUGCCACUAAAUAAAAUUUUAACUAGCGAAAGAGAGUUUUAUAUGUACGGGGAUAUUAUUCUAGAGAGAAAUUAUAGCUACUAGGAUGAGAAAGCAGUGAAUUCUUUUUGUCAUUGGAAAUACAUAAACAGCGCUGAAACUAAAUCAAAUUUUGUUAAAAUAUUGGCUAAUAACAAGAGUUGUUGUGCUGAAGAUUUCAACUAAGUUAUUCAGAUUUACAGAUCUUAUCAAAAUCAAGAUAUAUACGAGAUUACUCAGCUCUUAGAAAAAUUUAGUUUUAUGUUUAAAUACUUGAAGCAGGGUUUACAAAAAUAAGCAGAAUAUAUAGAGAUGUUUAGCAAAUAUUAAAUGUUGAUGAAAAGGUAGCAAUUGUUUGAGCAGCUAAGUGAUGAAUAUCUUUGUAAAAUACCCUAAGAUAAAUUUUUUUUGGCUAUUAAAAUCCAACCUAAUUUCAAAGAUGGGCAAAUUGAAGGCUCUAGAAUAUGUUUUUCUAGAAGUUUGCUCAAGCUUGUCAACAUGCCAGAAGAGAAAUUUAUCAACUUGAUUCUAAGAAACAAGGCUCCUGAAUUUUUUGGAUGGUAAUUAAGAUUGAUGUUUUUGAGAAAUAAGCUUAGUAAAUUCUUGAGAAAAUCAGAUGAAGAGGAUUUUCUAGAGGGCGAUCUUUUAACGAGAGAUGGUCUGAGAAUACCGUCAAAAGUAAAGAAAGAAGUAAUAAGAUUUAAUAUCGACCAGCUCAUUCCUGAGUUAACUUUGGAGCCAUUCUAAGAGACGCUUGCGAUCUAUUACUUUGAGAUAGAUUAAAAUACUUUAAACCAAAUCAGCUACAUGAGAAAUAACUACAAUAUAGAGGAAUUAAGUUACGAUGAAGAAGAUUUCUACACAUAUUCAUUGGAAACAUAAGCCUUCCUAGAACUUUAUUAUUCAAAUAUAAACUGCUCAUCAAAAAAAUACUAAAAGAAAAAGCAAAGCAAAAAAGCAUCAGAAUUUAAAGGAGGAGAUUGUAACAUUGAAUGA